UGUCCAUUACAGCCAACGUCAUCUGUUUGAAUUACUAGGUAUCUAGCGGAGUUGAGCCCACAGCAGUGCGUGGCUUGGCAGCUGCGGAGACUUUGUCCACUUACACAGCACAGCUCAAACUUACUGUGAACGGAAUACGAACUACAGCCUCCCUCUCCCUCACUUCCAGGGUUCAACCAAUCCGUGCAGACAAGUGUGAGCGAACCGGAGUUGAGAGUGUCUCCACGCCGAACCCUUGAAACGGUUGGCCGCGGCGACACCUGCUGCCCCUCUCGCCCUCCUUCCCCCAACACCCCGUGUUCCCCUCUGCGACCGCAUGAGGCCGCUCACGAGGUGGGCGACAUGGAAGAUGGCCAGGAUGGCGAUUCUGCAGACUCGGCCACCCAGCCGGACUUGCGGAUCGUCGAGAUCGUGCCGGACGGGGACAUCCUUCUGGACGUAACCUUCGAGACGUCCAAGGAGACGCUGAAGGCUGCGAGGAGGGCUGCGAGGAGUGCUGCGAGGUCCAGGCCCGGCCAGCAAAGUGCGCCGCCAGCCCUCGAGGCGACAACGCGUGUCCGAUACAGGACUCAUCUCGCUGUCCUGAAGCAGAACUCGAAGUACUUCGACAAUCUGCUCAGCGACACGAGAUUUGCUGAAGCCAGGUCGAUCGAGGCCCGCUUCCAGCAGCUGGCCCUGAAGAACGUGAAGCCGUCCGAGGCCGAGGCCGCCGAGCUCCCCGUGGUGCACAUUCACGAGGACGACGAGGCGACCCGGUCGGCAGAGCAGGCCGCUGUCUUCGAAGACCUCUUGAGGAUCCUCCAUCGGAAGCAGUCCACCAACCCCAAGGCCGUGACGAUGCAGUAUCUGGCCGUGCUGGCCGUCCUGGCUGACCGCUUCGCCUGCACGGCCACGGUGUCGAGGUACCUGAAUGCGCUGAAAUACAAAUGGCCUGCCACGCAGACCCGGCUGUCGAGAGACGACGGUCCUGCGCUCAGCAGAUCGGCCGAGGAGACCCUCCGGCAGAAAAUACUCGUAUCGUGGCUGCUCGACCAGCCGCUGAAGAUGCACACUGCCACCCGUGAGCUCAUCAUGUACGGCUCGAGGAGAUGGAGCGCCUCGUUUGACGAAGACGAGGAGGGCACCAGCGCCGCCUGGUGGGAUCUCCCCGACGACCUCGAAAGAGAGCUCCAGUAUCGCCGCGAAUGCAUUCUCGCCACCAUCGCCUCCGUACAGCGGCACUUCCUGCAGCUCUACACGUCCCGCACGCGGCAAUGCAAACUGGGCUACGAAUCCAGCCCCAGCUGCGACUCCUACCAGCUCGGCGAGAUGGUCAAGUUCCUGUGCAGCCGCGGCCUGCUGGUGCUCUCCGACUUUGCGUCCCAUACAGGUAGCCACCACCACCACCACCAUAAUUACCCAGGCACCACCACCACCGCCGCCGCCGCCGCCGCCGCCGCCGCCGACGCCCGCGACCUCGCCGCCACCACCGACAUCGGCCACAUCCUCGCGACCCUCAAGCAGUGCCCGGCCUACCAGAUCGACAAGCACCACACCAACUGCGGCCUGCGCACCCGCCUGCUGCCCGCGCUCGAGCACAUCCAGGCGAUGCUCUCGUCCAACGUGGUGUCGAUCUCGCGCGCGGCCUGGGCCCGCGACCGCGAGCGCGUCGCCUGGUGCCGCAGUCUGCUGCUGCGGGAGGAGGAGGAGGAGGAGGAGGAGGCGGGGGGGCGGCGGCACGGCGCAGGUGGAAAAACCAGCGGGAAAGGGGAAAAGAGCGACAGCAGGAGAGAAAAAAACGGGAAGGAGAAGAAGAGGGCGGAGGCGGAGGAGGAGGAGGAGCAGCAGUCGUCGGCGAGGGUGUUCCGCUUCACGCGUGCCGUGGCGACGGACCCGCGGCUGAGGUACGAGGGCGCGCUGGCGGUCGACGCGAUGGCGCGGGCGCUGUUUACGGCCACCGAGUGGGACUGGACGCCCGACGAGCGGGAGGACUCGAGGGGGGUCGAGUUUGGGCGGUGCAGGCCGGCCGACGUUUUGAAGUAGAUCGUCAUGGCAUGGCAAGCAGGGCUGCGCUGGGUUAAUAUGAAGGAGAUGGGGUUUGUGAUGGGCAAAGGUACCCCGGGUUGUGGUGAUGGGUUUCUUACGCCUCUGUGCGGCGACGGCGACGACAAUAAUUAAUACCAACAACAACGUGGCAUCUGUCCUAUCGACGGAAAGAAAAAUGAGGGUUCAACCCGGUGCGGCCGAGAGAUGGCGACGCGUGGGCGGGAAGGAUAGAAAAGUUCCCCGAAAAAUUCAAUGACUAAAAAGCUCACCAGUCCAACCCCCUCCGUACCGGAGAU